UCUUUUCUUCCUCUAUCCCCCCCGUCCCUCCCUUCCCACAACCACCACCACCCCACGCAAGCUCUCUCCCGACUUGGUUUCUGUCAUUCUCUUCCUCUUGCAGCCAACCCAACUCCACUCGAUUCCUCUGCGUGGACGAGAACAACAAACAAACAAACAAACAAGCAAACCAGGAACACGUUCUCUACUCUCCCACAACACCACUGAGUCUGUCUGUCUGUCUGGAACCGACUUGCUUUCGCUGGGGCCUGUCAACCCAACACUCUCGCUCGCUGCAACAGCGUCGAUUCCCGUCUCCGACGUCCCCAUUCUCCACGAAUCGAGUCAACCGUCGAUCAAAGAGGAGUCUGGACCGUUGUGAUUUGGUCCCCUAACUCUAAACCCUCUCUGCCUGGCCGCACCUAUUUCCGACGACAACGACAACGACAACGACAACAACGGCGACUACGACACGACGCAUCGCACCGCGCCAAAUCCACACCCAGCACCCGCGCCCUUUCGGUUCGUCGCUCGCCCUCGCGCGCACAACCCCAACGAUCCACACACUAUGGCCACCAUUUCACGGCAACCAUUCGCGCCUCUCGACGGUGCGAGACUGCAGAACCUGACGAGCAUCAAGAACAGACAGAAUGCUGUUUCGCCUGCUUCGGGUGGCAAGCGCAAAGCUUCGGACAUUGUAGACGCAGACGACUUCGAAAAUGUCGAUCCCAGCGUCUCUUCCAAGCGAUCCAAGGGCUCCGACAGCUUCUACCCCUCCAAGGACUCCCUCAAACCCUCCUCCUUCGUCUUAACCAGGGCUGCACCCCUCACCGAAAGUCCUGCCUCGUCAUCGUACGCUCGCCCGCCUCUGCCUCCUCUGUCUCGCCAUCGCAAUCUGCUCCAGCCCAAGUCGCCCGCCGCCAAGAUCAACACGGCUAUCGCCAAGUCAUCCCCGCUCUCGGCCCCCGCUGGUCGUUCGCCCACCCGUGGCAAGCGCUCCGGCAUCCUCUCGAACCGUCGUCGAACCGCCGGCCCCUACACCCGUGUUGACCCACCUUUGUUCAGCCUGUCGUCAUCCUCCUCCUCCGCAUCCGCCCCGUUCAGUCUCGAUGCUGCCCUCAAGGGCACCAUCCCGAGCUAUGCCGCCCGUUCGUCUGUUGCCCCGUCCUCCCGGAGUGCUGCCAAGGAUCUGCUGGAGCCUGAUCUGAAGGCGUCGUGGUUCUUUGAUAUCCACGAGGACACGCCCGAGCAGGAAAUGACCAACAUGCUCCAGCACGGCACUUGCGUCCUCGACAUCAGCUCUGACGAGGAGAGUGAGCGCAAGGCCAGUAGGGACCGAGCAGAGGGCCGCGACAAGGAGAACGUGCCACCUGCCGAUGACGUGAGCCAGACGUCGGCCCGUCGCUCCGCUCGCCGGACCGACGAAGACGAUAUGGUCUUUGAGAAGGAGAGGAUAGCACUGGGCGAGAUGGACGCCAGUGAGUUCUACGCCUUUGGCUGCGACGAGUCGUCGGUCAUCAUUAUCCCCGCCGACGAAGACGAGGAGCAGGAGACACUGGAACCCCAGGUCGCGUUGCCUGGACCAGCAGAUGACGUCGUUCCGGAGCCCAAGGCAGAAACCCUCGCGGUGCCACUCGAAGAAAAGGAUGUCGUCGACGAGCUCAUGGGCAAAUCGGCCGAAUCAGCAGCCAAGGCGGCGCUGUUGGAGCCCAUAGAAGGCACAGGCGAAAGUUUUGAGCUGUGGGAGAGCGGAAGCGCAAAAGACGAAAGCGAACCUGCUGUUACCGAGUGCUCAUGAUUUGAUUUUUGGUUUGCCUCGAUUGGCUCUCUUGGCUUGAAUUUUGCUUCUUCGGCUUCCAACCAUUGACCAUCUUUUAAUUACGGGGCGGGUUCAUGAUUCAUGUGGCGUUGGAACUUGGUCGAAUUUCUUCUCUUGGAUGGACGGGCUAGGACGAAGCGACGGGAAACCCUGGGGGACGGACACUUACCCUGUAGGAACAAUGGAUAUGGGUAUUGAUUUUGUACAAACCUGGUGUCGGAGUAUUGCUGUUGCUAUUUUCGCUGGUUCAAUUAUUGAUAUCCUCAUCAAUAGAGUUUGCUGUUGGUAUCUCGAUCUA